AUGGAGAGGGAGGUAGUUUGCUACAUUUUUGAUACUUCCCGGAUAAAAAAUGAUACGUUUGUUGCCACUGGAUCAGGUCCGCCACUGUAAGUUUUUUCACCUGCGCCGCCGCGGCUUUGCCGAGGAAUUAUACAGUGCAGACGGCUUUCUUGUGUUUUGCACUAUGCAAAAAGCGAAAAAUCUAUUGAAUUUACUAAAGAAAAACUAAUGACAAGACGACAAGCGUGGAAAAAAGUUCAAAACGCACUGUGCGAAAGAGAAAGAAUGUCCAUGCACUUUCCGAAAAUAAUAUGUACAAAUGCCAAUGACAGCAUAAUCUAUGACGGAAAGUCUGCUCCGUCUCGGCUUUUUUUCCCGUAAUUGCCUUAUGGAUCAUGUUUUUCCCAAAUACAAGAAUGUGCACAUUCUUGUAUUUAAGUGCACAAACAUACCAUGCUAAUUCUUUGAAAUUAUAAGAAUUAGAUUGGGAGUUGCGUGACAAACCAAAUAUGCACACCUAUUCUUGAUUUUUUCCGGCUCACAUCCCGUGAUGUUUACAAAGGUUCAAGAUUACAUGGAAAUAGCACUGUGCAACGAGGUUUGAAUGCAAAAAAUGUAUUCUGCGGUAAAGAAUGGAAAGUAAACUGUCGAAAUUAUAGUAGAGGUGAGUAUACCCAGUCAUAUCAUGCAAGAAAAUAUUUGAAAAAAUGUUGCACGGUGCAAGUUUUUCGACUUUGAAUUUUCGCACAGUGCAGUCGAAGGAAUAAAGAAAAAAUUUCAAAGUGCGAUGGGAAAUAAGAGAAAAUUUUUUACGCAGGCUAAAUUACGCCCCAGUAAGGCAUAUUAAACUUAGUAAUUUCAACAAAAAAUUUGUACCGCGCAGAUUUUUUAAUUACGAUUUUUCGCACAGUGCAGUCCAAAAAAUGGGCAAAAUUGCAUUAUGCAGCUGACAAAAGAAGCAAGACUUUCUUCAAUAAGUAUGAACCGCACUUAUUUGUACCACUGUAAAAGAAAAUGUCAAAAAAAUCUUUUUCGACUUCAGCCAUUUACCAAAUUUUAUAAUAUUUUUUCGCGCACAGUGCAGUCCAAAAACUGUUCAAAAAUUGGACUAUGCAGCUGACAAAAGAAGCAAGAUUUUCUUCAAUAAGUAUGAACGGCACUUAUUUGUACCACUGUAAAAGAAAAUAUCAAAAAAAUCUUACUCCACUGCACUCCUUUGUAAAAUUUUAUUUUCGGCACUGUGCUGUCCCAAAAAAAUCCCAAAGAGCAAAAAAAAGUUGUAACCCCAUAAUUUUGGAUGCACAGUAAUACGACAGACGCAUGUUUACUCCUCCUUCUACCCUCCGGCAUUUCAAAAUGGCAAAAACGGAAAAGAAAAACAGGUGAUCUAGAACCACACUCAAAAAGACAUGAAGUAAUAAUGAUAAACCAUAAAUACAACCCAAACUUUGGAGCCUUAUGCGUUCUCAUUUGACAUUGCACAGUGAGGAACUGUAAUGUGACUGCAUUUAUGAUGAAAAAAUUUUUUGACCGCACAGUGUCAAAGCCAAUGUUUUAUGAUAUUUUUGCAACCAAAACAUGGGAGGAUCUAUCCAAAUUAAUGACCAAAAAUCGUUUUCCCCGCUUCCAACACCAACAACAUUUCGAGAACAGAAAAUGGCACGCUAUAACGGCCAAAAUCACGCCAUAAAUUACGCCAUGUACUGGAGAAAACCAGUAAUUUUGUCCAAUUUAUUGUCGCGAUUUGAUGAAAUAAUUUGUUUUCUGGUUACCGACAAGGAAAGUACUUCUAUGGGGCUUGGACUUAUAGGUCGAGACAUUAAAUUAUGAGGAGUUUAGGCAAUCAAAAGAUAAUUCGUGGCAGGACCGGGGUUUUUAAAAUUUGAAAAACUUCUCUAGCUUUUAAAACUUCCAAAAUUAGCCGAAAAUACUGUGGCGGACCUGAUCCAGUGACAAGAAACGUACCAUUUUGAAUCCGGGAAGUAUCAAAAAAUGUCGCAAAAUGCUUCCCACUCCAACUAAAAAACUCGGUUUUCAAGGGCGCGCACUUUCCCUCACAAAAAGAGCGAGCGCGCUUAUGAAAUCGGAGUUUUUUCACUUGGAGAGGGAAGCAUUUUGCCAUAUUUUUUAUACUUCACGGAUGCAAAAUGGUAAGUUUUUUGCCACUGGAUCAGGUCCCCCCACUGUACAUCACAUUUUUGAUUUCAGCUCCGCUGUGCCAUGGAAACAGAAUUCCCGUAACGCUACCAACGAUGCCUUUAUCGUGGUUCGCCCCCCCCCCCCCCUCACAACCGAGCAAAUCGUCCUGCAACCUCACCCCACCGGACAGAUGAUACACGAUCUCUCCGGGUAUCCCUGCGCGGAGGAACGCGCUCUGCUACGACAAUUCGUAGAGGAAAGUGAGUUGAGCUUUUUUUUCUUUUUCUGGUUUUAAAGCAUCAACUUUGUGCCCAUUUUACCCUAAUGGGCACAAGUUGAUGCUCUGAUCCUAUCUUGUUUCAGUGAGCAUGUUAGUGUUAAAAUGGCAAAUGUUGAGCCCGUUCGUAAAGAUGUAUUACAGAUGCUGUGGACAUUCUCUCUAUUCGCAUCGCCGGAGUCCCCAUUGGAUGUCUUGA